AUGACGCUCUCUGGCCACUUAUUCCGCCGCGGCCUCGAGGCCGCCCAUGAUGUGUCCGGUGUGAUUGCUGCUGCUGACGAUGGAAGCGAUGGUCCCUCAGGCGAGGUGCACCUUUCGCCAUGGUCUACCAUGGUCUUCUUCCUGACGGCGGUAUCUCUCUCCAUCCUUCUUGGCUGCAUUGCCUACACCUAUGGCAACGUGCUUCCUACUCUGUGCAUGAUCGAAUCCCCAGAAACCCAAGCCUACGUCCCAGUCGACGUCCUCGACUCCAGUGAGCCACCGGCCUACUCUCCAGAGCCUCCGUCGAAGCCUUCCGAUGACGAACCUGAAGACCUGGACCUGGGAGCCCGCGCCGAUCCCGAAGUGCUUCUCGUCCGCAACAAGCCUUAUACCGCUUCGAUUCGUGAGAUUCUAGCCCACCUCAGAGCUCGGGCGGGAUACUGGUCUAGACUACGCGGUCUGGGCAUGUAUAUCGUAUGGACUUUCACCAGUGGCUCUCUGGUUGGAAUUAUUGGUGGUGCCACUGGCAGCCGGAUUGGAGUUGCGCUUGCUGCCAUUGUCGUUGAAACCUUGGUCGCCAACCUCCACAUGGCCUGGGUGCACAUUGUCAUUUCCGAGCCUAGCACGAAGAGAUGGUACCAGCGCAUUCCCCCGCUCAGGACAUGGCCAAAAAUUGCACCCGCUGUGGCUUUGUGGGCGACGUCGGCCCAGCUCGUGUCUGUACUUCCUGUUUUGGUUUCCGGGUCGUUCGGCUCCCUCAAGCAUAUGAAAAAUCCGGAGUACGAUCCUGGAACCAAGGAUCUUUAUGCCAUCGGCGGGCAAGGCUUCAUGGGCAUGUUCCUUAUGCUGGCCUUGUUUGUGCUGUUGCAAAUCCCGGCGACUGUGACCUUCGUCAGAGUGGCUGCAUCAAUGCUGCCAGAAGAAGACGAGGCGAUCGUUCCGUUUGACCGCACCUUCGGCGGAAGAACCACUCCGGAAAUCGUGGGCGGUCAAGGAAAGAUUGGUUUGGUCGAGGCGUGGAAGAGUUUCCCAUGGGCGAGCAGGAUCCGGUUGGUCAAGCUCAUGGUUAAGGUGUCGCUCAUUUUGAUGGGUUGCUGGAUUGGGUUCACGGUCGUUAUGGUUGCUGAGGCUCACAUCUUGUUUGGAGAUCAGCUCGGUGACUUGAUGAAGACCAUGCACGGAAUUGCCGGCCCUCGUUGA